UGACGUCCAUUUUAAAUGAGCAACAAGGAGACCUUCAGAAUCUAUGAACGAGCGAGAGUGACAUGCAAAAUCCAGUGAGGGUGAGUCUCUAUAGUGGGGGUUCUGGUUUUGACUUUUGGUUUGGGUUCGAACAGCUUAGGCGUCUCUGGUCAGUUGAGUAUCGGUGUCGGCCGUAAUCAGACACACACACAAACACACAGAUUUCGUCCAUCUUCUCACAGAUCCGAUUCAUCCUCUCUGUUGUUCCUUUGAGAUUUCGGGGCACAAAAUCUAAAAAAAAAAAUCUUGAAAUAGGUGUUUGAAUUGGAAGGAACAAUGGGCUUGUCAUCUGUUGCUACUGUUAGUGAAGCAAUAAAAUUUUGCAUAUUUGAUUUGAGAAGGGGACAACAUGAAGGGCAGGAGCUGGACAAAAUUUUAUUUUUCUUUCCUGCUGAUUUGCCGUUCUCGACACAACUUUCUGUGAUAGGGCUCAGUGAAGGACUUAUCACUUUUACAAGAAUUUUCUCUCCAGAGGCAGCUUGUGAGGUCAUAGAAGCAGACAGGCAUUCUCAUGUUUUUUACGAGGCAGAACCAGAUAUCUGGAUGGUGAUGGUAGUGGAAAAAAGUAAGGAUUCAGAAGCUAUGUGGCGGAUUGAUGCACUACGAAGAGUUCUCAAGGAAGUACAUUCUCUUUUUGUGAUGUUUCAUGGAUCUAUGAGAGCGUUGCUUGAUAAAGAACCCGGUGGAGGACUUGUUCGCUCUCACUUGUUUUCUUUUGUUAUGGAUUAUUUAAGUGCAUUUCAAAAGCGGUCUCCAUUGGAUUUGUGCUGCUGGGAUUUUCUUGUUGGGAAGAAACUUCAUUUACCAAAUUUCCGUGACUCUUUAAAGGAGCGUGGAACUGUACAGAUGUUGACUGUGGGCCGGGAGGCUGCAAUUGAAGUUCAGUCACUCGUUCGAGUAUUAGAGUCAUCUGCUGGGAACUCAUCAUGCCACUCAAUGAUCUUGUUCCAGGACCUUUUGGUGUCCACAACGCUUUCUCCUGAUGACACUAUUAAUUUGUUUACAUAUGCCAUCCUAAGGUUGACUCCACGUGCUCUAACCUCUGGGGUAAGUUGGUCCUACUUACGCAAAGGAAAUACAUCAUCUCAUGCUGCCACUGGGUCUAUAUUGGCAAAUUCUGGUUCAGUUUUGGAUAAUUUGUAUAAUUCAAGUGAUAUCUCUCCUGGUGGAGAUUGCAAUUAUCAUGUGGUUAGGCCCUUAAAGCAUGACAAGUGGUCCAAAGGGAAGGAUGGUUUUCUUGUCACUGAUAUAUGGAAUGAAGAAGCUGGUAGUUUGCCUCCUAGCACCACAACCAUUUGGCUUCAGCAAACAGAGGAGAAAAUGUAUCUCUGUGCUUAUCAGCAUAGAAACCUCACCUUAAUACUUCUCAUUCCUGUCACUUCCAUUCUUAGUGGGGAGCAAGUGGUAUCAAUUGUGAAGCAGCAUGUUAUUGAAAAUGCAUCUCUAAAGAUGUUGAAAGUUGAGGAGAAACUAUCAAAAGGAUGGGGUGGUGAGAAUGCAUAUCAUGUGAGCGGGUACCGAUACUUACUACUGGAUGAUGACAGAAAUGUAUCUAGGGCUUCUCCUCCAGGAAAAGUAACAACCCUAAAUAAGGAGUCUUUAGUUGCCUUGAGUAAUCUUCGAGAAGAGGUUGAUUUGGAAAAGAGCCGUGCAAAAUGGGAUGGCCCAGGAUGUGAGAAAGAUUUGGAAAUAUGCAUCAGAGCAAAAAACAAUGCUUGGGUGAUUGCUCGCGUUACAAGAGGGAAGGAGCUUUAUAUGGUUCUAGAGAGAGCCAAUGAGACUCUUCUCUAUGCUUCUGAUGCCAUGGAGAAAUUUAGUAACAGGUAUUGUGAUGGAUCAUUUUCUUUGGAUUAGGGCUUUUGGAUUGGGAUACUUUUUAGCUUUCAAUACUCAGAAUAAUAGGUAAGAUAUGCAUGUGCAUAUGCUCAGCAGAUAUUCUUUUAUUUCACGUCGUUGUUCCCAACAACUACUGGCACACUUUCACCAUAGAUUUUUGUAACCAUGCAACAGGAAUUAAAAUUAAAAAAAAAAUAGUUAUGUAUAUUUGCUGAUCCAUGUAUGUAAAAAUGUUCUCCCAACUGUUAACUGUAGGCAAUAUGCCAUUUGUACUGAAAUUUCUAGUUCAUAUAUGAUUUCUUCCACUUCCUCA